CUCACUUUGCAUUUGAGGGGGCUCAGUUCUCUUCUGUGCAAAUUUAGGGAGAGGAAGAAGAGUAGGUGAUAAAACUCUGACUUAGAGUAGAUUAACAGAAGGGUAGUUUUUAAUUGACAGCCUUGUAGUGGCACCAGUAUUUUCUUUUAAUCUGCUGGCAUGAGCAUAGUGCUGGCCCCUGUGGAGUACAGGAUGCUUCAAACGCAGAAAUAGGAAAUGCAGCAAGUGUCAGCAUUAGAUUUCUGCCUGUCUGAGUGCUGAUUUGUGAGCUUAUGAGAAAGACCUUCAACCGCCCUUCUUCAAUAAAGACCUAGGAUGUCUCUUUGCAACUGCUGAACAUCUCCUCACGUUAAUGUGAAGGAUAUGAAGAUCGAGCCAAUAGGAGAAGUUACUUGGAACGAAAAACAACUGUGGAACACUGUAUGUGGUUGAUCUGCACUAACACGCUGGAUGUUUUGUGGGGGAUUUUUUUUAUUCACUGAAAACAGCAUAGGGUUGUUUCAAACAGCUGCAGUUCUUUUGGAUGAAACAUUGAAAAAUACAGAGUUUUACACUUACUUUGAAGAUUUCAUUUGCUAGUCUGAUGUGCCUGUGUGAGAAGCUGUGCUUUCUUUAUUUGUACUACUCACACCGGAGACAAGAAAACGGACUGUAAUGUGUACCAAGAUGUUGUACCUUCUGUGUGAGGUAUACCAGAAAGUGUGAGGAUCUUUUAGCUUUGUGUAGAAACUUGCCCUUUUCUGUCCAUUAAGUACAACUGAUUUUUCUUUUCUCUUUGUAGUAAAACCAGGUGUUGGUUUCUGAGGAAAAGCACAUAUGAUACAAAUAACUGAACUGUACCUAUUUCCAAGUCUUUAAAUCUCUGUCAUUUUUUUUUCUUUUUUUGAUAGCAUUUGAAUUGGUCAAAGAAACUUUGCACUCCAUUGACAUUAAAAAACAAAAUCACAGUAUCUUUCUGUGCCUCAGAAGAGUGUAAGCUCUGAAGAGCUGAUUUUUCCUUUGGUGAAUAACUUGGUGAAGAUACAGGGAUACACAUCCAUGUCUCAACGUCGCUUUUUAAGGGAAGGACGUGAAAGUCAUUUUAGGAUCCUACCAAGAGUCAGCCAAAUCCUUCAUGGUAGAAGACACCCACGAAAUAAUCCACGCCAAACAUGCUCUGAUGAAAUCAUGCAUCAAGAUAUCAUUCCCCUCUAUGCUGCAGAUAUUGAGGACCAGUUAAAGAAGCAGUUUGCUUACCUAUCAGGUGGAAGAGGAGGAGAUGGCUGCCCCGUUAUCACCUUUCCAGACUAUCCAACUUUCAGCGAGAUCCCCGAAAAGGAGUUCCAGAAUGUCCUGACCUACCUGACGAGCAUCCCAAGUUUACCAGAUGCUGGAAUUGGAUUUAUUCUUGUCAUUGAUCGCAGACAGGACAAAUGGACCUCUGUGAAAGCUUCUAUACUGAGGAUAGCAGCAUCUUUCCCAGGAAACCUGCAACUAGUCCUCGUGCUGCGCCCAACGGGAUUUUUUCAUCGAGCGCUCUCAGACAUUGCUUUCAAGCUCAACAAAGAUGAGUUUAAAAUGAAAGUACCUAUCAUAAUGCUGGGCUCAGUAUCAGAACUGCAGGGUUACAUUGAUAAAACACAAUUAACAGAAGAUCUUGGUGGCACCCUGGAUUACUGCCAUAACAGAUGGCUAUCCCAUCGCACUGCUAUAGAAAGUUUCGCCCAAAUGGUUAAGCAAACAGCUCAGAUUCUUCAGUCCUUUGGGACUGAGCUGGCUGAAACAGAACUACCAAAUGAUGUGCAGUCAACCAGCUCCCUUCUUGCAGCACAUGCAGAGAAGAAGAACAAAAUGAAGGAGGAUAUAAGGUUAGCAGUAGAACACGGAGAUGAUAUCCUUGGAGGUAUUACAAAACCAGUUACUGAGAACCCUGAAUACAAACUGAAUCAAGAUCAACUAGACAAUCAAACAACUGUAGAAAGGCUUCUGGCUCAAUUGCAUGAAACAGAGAUUGCCUUUGAUCAGUUUUGGACUAAGCAUCAGCAAAAACUUGAGCAGUGCCUGCACCUUCGGAAUUUUGAACAGAAUUUUAGAGAGGUUAAAGCAGCUUUGGAUAUUGUGUCCGAGAGACUGUAUGCUUUCACAGAUGUGGGAAACAGCUGCUCACAUGUGGAGCACAUUUUGAAAGAUCUUGCCAACUUUGAAGAAAAAUCGUGUGAAACUAUAGCAAAGGCCAGAAUGCUAGCCUCAGAGGGUGAUGGUUUUAUUCAAAGCAAUCAUUAUGCUGUGGACUCCAUUAUUCCAAAAUGCAGUGAACUUCAUCAUCUCUGUGAUGUCUUUACUACUGAGACAGAACAGAAGAGGAAUCUUCUUAACAAAUCUCUAGAACUUCAUGGCUUAUUAGAAAAGUCUAUGAAGUGGUGCGAUGAAGGAAUUUAUCUGCUGGCUUCACAGCCUGUAGAUAAGUGUCAGUCUCAGGAUGGUGCAGAAUCAGCAUUACAGGAGAUUGAGAAGUUCCUGGACACUGGUGCAGGCAAUAAAAUCAAGGAGUUGAAUAAAAUUUACAGAGAAUAUGCACACAUUCUCAAUGAGGACCUAAAGGAGCAUGUGCAAAAGGUAUUCCAGAAGCAGGAAAGCAUGGAGGAAAUGUUUCAGAAGAGACAAGUAAGCCUCAAGAAAUUGGCAGCUAAGCAGAUGCGUCCUGUUCAGCCAGUUGCACCAAGACCUGAAGCCUUUGUAAAAUCUCCUUGUACCUCUCCAGGUCCUCAUAGAAAUUACAUGUCCAACUCAGAAAGUAGUGUGCUUCGGAGGGUAAACUACAAAAGAACAAAGAGUGAAAUGACUGAACUCCAUCAAAAUAGGGGAGGAUCUACAAUGGAUGAUGAAGAAAACCUAGCUGUAUUACGGCAGCAUGUAAUUAAUGAACUUAUUGAAACCGAACGAGCGUAUGUGGAAGAACUUCUCUGCGUUCUUGAGGGCUAUGCUGCAGAGAUGGACAACCCCCUCAUGGCUCAUCUUAUUCCAUCAGAGCUCCAAAAUAAGAAGGAUAUUUUGUUUGGGAAUAUGGAGGAAAUUUAUCACUUUCACAACAGAAUAUUCCUGAGAGAACUGGAAAAUUACGUAGAAUACCCAGAACAAGUAGGCCGGUGUUUUCUGGAUCAGAUGGAAGAUUUCCAGAUUUAUGAAAAAUACUGCCAAAAUAAACCCCGAUCUGAAAGUUUGUGGAGACAGUUUUCAGAUUCCAUAUUCUUUCAGGAAUGUCAAAGGAAACUUGAUCACAAGCUGAGUUUGGACUCAUACUUGCUGAAACCUGUUCAAAGAAUAACCAAAUAUCAGUUAUUGCUAAAGGAAAUGCUGAAAUACAGUAAGAACUGUGAAGGUGCUGAAGAUCUUCAGGAGGCAUUAACUUCUAUACUGGGUAUUCUCAAAGCAGUUAAUGAUUCUAUGCACCAGAUAGCCAUUACUGGCUAUGAUGGAAACCUGAAUGAACUGGGCAAGCUUUUGAUGCAGGGAUCCUUCAGUGUCUGGAUUGAUCAUAAAAAGGGUCACUCGAAGGUGAAGGAUUUGGCACGCUUCAAGCCGAUGCAGCGACACCUGUUCCUCCAUGAGAAAGCAGUGCUGUUCUGUAAAAAGAGAGAAGAAAAUGGAGAGGGAUAUGAGAAGGCACCUUCCUAUAGCUAUAAACACUCCUUAAAUAUGGCAGCAGUUGGAAUAACAGAAAAUGUGAAAGGUGAUGCAAAGAAAUUUGAAAUCUGGUAUAACGCAAGGGAAGAAGUUUACAUCAUACAGGCACCAACUCCUGAAGUUAAAGCUACUUGGGUAAAUGAAAUAAGAAAAGUGCUGACUAGUCAACUGCAAGCAUGCAGAGAAGCUAGUCAGCACAGGACACUAGAACAAACACACAGUUUACCUCUACCAACAACAUCUUGUACAAGUCCUUCACGGAACAAUGUUAGAAACAUUAAAAAACUGGAAGAGAGAAAAGCUGAUCUCACGAGUCCAGAAGGUUAUGGCACCACAGUAGCACCAAAGUACCCUGAGAAAGGCAAAGAAACUCCAUCACCUACUGCUAAAAGCCAGACAUUGCCAAUGAUCCUUCUUACAGGACCAGCUUCUCCUACCAGCCCUGACAAAAAAGCUAAACGACAUGAAGUAGUGAGUGACCCAACUCCUUUUGGUUUAAGAGGUUGGGCUAAGACAUCUCAUUCUCUUGAUGCAUCUGAAGAAAAUGACGGCUGGUCUAGUGCCGAAGAUCCGCUGAAUUCAUCAGAUGCAGAGGAGGAAGGAGGAGGAGGGGGAGGCGAGAUGAAACUGACACCUGGUAAAUAUACAGUUGUGACUGACUAUGAGAAAGGAGUUUCUGAAGAAUUUACAGUGAAAAGUGGAGAUCUAGUUCAACUGAUUCGAGAAGGGGAGGAUGGACUUUGGUAUGUAAAGAAUCUGAGCACUGGUAGAGAAGGUUGGAUCCCAGCAAACAAUCUGCUGAUGCUCAUAGGCAAUUCAAAAUCAGCUCAGUCUUUAAGCAGUUCUGAAUCAGGCACUGCUUCCAGCACUUUGAGCACGUCAUCAAGUUGCAGUGAUGGUUGCAAUGCCAGCAGCACCAGCUUCUCAGACAUUAAGGGCUAAUGUUAAAUUUGCAUCCCACCUCCAGGGAAGGUGGAAAUCUGGAGUUUGUCAUCUUGUGCAGAGUUCUGAAUGUUCAACUGUAAUGGAGAAUCCCUAUUUUGUGUUGCCAACUCUGUAUAUUUUCCUUGGUGAUUUCUAGAAGUUCUCACAGAAGAUCCCAAUGAAAAGUGCAUGGAAUGUGAAGUUGUAAAUAAAAGAUUUGAAAUUAGGUCUUGUAGAGGCUUCUGCUCUGAAGUCUGAAGCUCCAGAGCUGCUAGCAUCAAACACAUUUACUCAUAGAUAUACAAUCAGGUUUCUGCAGAAGUAUAUCAUUUCAUAACAGCCAGAAUCCGAAUGUGAGCAAACAAAAUGUGUUCAGUGCUAAUUCCUUAUUGUAAAUUAAUAAAUUAGCAAUCACUGUACAGGAUAGGUAUAAGGAACAUAAAACUGAGUUUACAAUUUCUGCUCCCCCAAAACCCUUUCUCCAAGGAUGCACCUGUGUCAGUGCAUGUGAAUGGGACUCUUACAGCAGCCAGGAAGUAAGUUUGGCCCAGCCACUUCUCAUGUCUUGGGUCUUCAGGAGACUUUUUCUGCAGUAAAAUACUUCCUAGAGGCUGUGAUGCAGAAAUGACCAAUUGACUGACCACAACAGCAUCAAAAGAAAACACUGUUUUAUCCUUUCCAGCCUUUUUCUGUGUGCAGUGGGAUAGCUAUUUUCUGAGGCAUUUUGACCUCACAACCAAAUUCUUUACCAAGAUCACUGUGUUUACAUAGCUUUGGCAAUUUAGAGGUAUCUUUUUUUUUUUUAAUUCAAGUGCACGAUGAAUCACAAACAUUUGUAUUCGCUAAAUAAUUUAGUAAUAAUCUGCAGUUGCAUGGUUACCUUCAGCUCUAUCAAUUAGCAUGUAGUUACAGGCAAAGAAAAAUAUUGCAGUUGCACUAUGGGUCAAGAGCCUUCAUUCAGACAAACCUCUGAGGGCUAGAAACCUGACAUUUUUAGUCAAUAGUGUUUGUUGCAGAUUUAGUCAAAAAGACAAAAACAAUCACACAAUUUUUCUAUAAAAGGGGAAGACAGGAGAAAACAUUAGAGAAGAGUCAGAUUUGUACUAUAGACAAAUAAUUUUAAUUUUUUUUAAGAAAUGCUAAUGCUAAACUUGCCAUUUUUCAAGAUAUGAUGUAAGCCAAUGUUGUAAAUUUUCAGGUUGUCAGGUGUUCUUUGCACUUCAUCCUAACAAAUAGUACAGAAACUUGUGCUUGUAAUGUAUGGAAUACUGUAUUCAUUCCUUGCCAUCUUUCAAAUAUUUUUACUUACAUGAAAAUGUUUUAACCUGGUUCAUGUAUCAUAUUUCUUAAAAAUAAUGUGGAAGAGCUUUGUUUUUCAAAAGCACUAAGUAACAGCAAACUGUCAACAAGAACUGCUGUUAAUUAUCAGACCCUCUGAUGACUGAGCACCAAAGUCCUUUUUUUUUAAUUCCAGAAAUUGAAAUUUUUAGAGGCUGCAGCUUAGAAAACUUAAAGGAGAAACCCUCUAAAGAAUGCUCUUGCUCCUGAGUUGCAAAAGCAACCCCAUCCCAGAUACAAUCAAAAUGUAGCUGACUGUGGUCAGUACAAACUGAAACACUUAUAUGUACACAUAUAUACGCACAUAUAUAUGUGCGUAUAUAUGUGUGUGUGUAGAUAUGUAUAUGUAUGUAGAUAUAAUGUAUCAAUGUAAAAGAUGUAUUUAUAGUCUUCAUGCUGCUGAAUGUGUCACUUUACAAUUCAAAAUUACUUAGGUUUCUUGCAAUACUGCAAUAUAAAGACUGAUCAGGGUUUUACUUCAGGCAUCUUUCCCAAUAUAGAAAUCCUCUGAUCUUUUUUAAUUAUCCCAUGUAAUACUGUGCUGGCCAGGAAUGUUUAGUCUGAUAUUUAAUAAUGAAAUGGUAAUGUGCAGAGAUUCAGCUUGUCGUCUUUGUAAGUUAUUUUGUAAAUUAUCUGUAACAUAACUUACUUAUAUAUUGCUGUCAUCGGUAAGAUGAGACUGUCGUUUCAUUUCUCACUACAGCCUCAUUUCUGUUGUUUCAAUGAUCUUAUACACAUCAUUGCACUUUAAUACAACCCAAUGCACCAUUUCCUUUUCUACUGCUGUUGUGAAUUAGAAUUUCAAAGUCAGAGGUCUGUAUUGUAACUAUGAAAAUUUGAAUAAAUUUCAGCACUUCUUGCUGAAUUCCUUCUA